CACGCUGAGUGUUCUGGCCUCUGAUUGGUCCACACGUUAACUUCUUUACGGCCGUUCACUGCUCCUCCCUCUCGCGCUGAAGGAAACAACAUGGAGACAGCUGGCAAAGUGAUCAAGUGCAAGGCAGCUGUUGCCUGGGAGCCUGGGAAGCCUCUGUCCAUCGAAGAGGUGGAGGUCGCCCCACCUAAGGCCCAUGAAGUCCGCAUUAAGAUCGUUGCCACAGGCGUGUGUCACACUGAUGCCUACACUCUAAGUGGCUCUGACCCAGAGGGACUUUUCCCUGUUAUCUUGGGACAUGAGGGUGCUGGAACAGUGGAGAGCGUCGGUGAGGGUGUCACUAAAUUCAAGCCAGGCGAUACUGUCGUCCCCUUGUAUGUGCCACAGUGCGGUGAAUGCAAAUUCUGCAAAAAUCCCAAGACCAACCUUUGCCAGAAAAUUAGAAUCACCCAAGGUCAGGGCCUGCUCCCUGACAAGACCUCCCGCUUCACUUGCAAGGGAAAGCAAGUGUUUCACUUCAUGGGGACCAGCACCUUCUCAGAGUACACUGUAGUGGCUGACAUCUCUCUGGCCAAGGUUAAUGAGAAGGCUCCACUGGAUAAGGUGUGCCUGCUUGGAUGUGGCAUCUCUACAGGUUACGGUGCUGCUAUUAACACUGCCAAGGUCGAGCCUGGUUCCACAUGUGCUGUAUUUGGCCUUGGAGCUGUUGGUUUGGCUGUCAUCAUGGGCUGCAAGGUUGCCGGGGCAACCAGGAUCAUUGGCAUAGACAUCAACCCUGGGAAGUUUGAGAAGGCCAAGGAGUUUGGUGCCACUGAAUUUGUGAACCCGAAGGACCACAGCAAGCCCAUCCAGGAGGUUUUGGUGGAGAUGACAGAUGGGGGUGUGGACUAUUCCUUUGAGUGCAUUGGAAAUGUGCAGAUCAUGAGAGCUGCACUGGAGGCCUGCCACAAAGGUUGGGGUGAAAGUGUCAUCAUCGGUGUAGCUGGAGCUGGACAGGAGAUUUCCACCCGACCGUUCCAGCUGGUGACAGGCCGAGUGUGGAGAGGCACAGCCUUUGGAGGAUGGAAGAGCGUGGAGAGCGUUCCUAAACUGGUGGACGACUACAUGAAUAAGAAGCUGAAGGUGGACGAGUUUGUGACUCACACCCUGCCGUUUGAGAAGAUCAAUGAGGGAUUUGAUCUCAUGCAUGAAGGAAAGAGUAUCCGUGCCGUGCUGACUUUCUGAAGUGCCUAAACUGACAUCCUUCACAUCCGGCCUUUAAACACUCUCCUUCCAUAGCUGCAGCACUUGUUUCUAUAGCGUCACUUUCAGUAUUAGACAUUUUUUAUUACCAACACGAUGUAUGUUAGAAACUGACUGAAUGGUGUCCAUAAAAAUGUUGAAAAAAGCA